AUGGCGACCGCCUGUGGACGGAGAUUCCUGCUGACUUUAGGCCAAUGGCGGCGCGGCAGUGGAGUAGCUUUCCAGUCCCAGGCCUUCUCCGCCCUCGUGCCUGGCGUGUCCCAGGUGGAUAACAAGUCCGAUUUUCUGGGGAAGAAGCCCCAUCGCAAGCAUCCCGGCAUUCGACAGCUCCCGCACGUACGGCUGCCCCAGGCACUGGCUAAUGCCGCGCAGUUACUGCUGCUGGAGAGCUCGGUAUCCGAUGUGGAGAAGCAGGUGCAAGCACUGACCAAUUAUUUGUGGAGCCGACAUUUGCCUGUAGAGCCAGAGGAAUUGCAAAGACGAGCUGUGCAUCUUGAGAAAAAAAUCCUGGAAAACCCAGACCCAGCUCGGACAGAGGAGAAACUUCGUGUAGCUGUGCUGAGUGCCUUGCGCAGAACUACCUACCAUUGGCAAGAACUGAGCUACAAUGAGGGACUGAGUUUGGUAUAUAUGGCAGCAAGACUGGAUGGUGGCUUUGCAGCGGUCUCCAGAGCAUUCCAUGAGAUCCAGGCUCAAAUUCCAGACUUCCAGCCACAAACCUUAAUGGACUUUGGCUCGGGUACUGGUUCUGUCACGUGGGCUGCUCAUAAUACUUGGGGCAAGAGUCUACGUGAAUAUGUAUGUGUGGACAGCUCAGUUGCCAUGUUGGAUUUGGCAGAAAAGCUACUGAAAGGUGGCUCAGAAUCUGGGGAGCCUUCUGUUGCAGGUGUAUUUUUCAGACAGUUUCUACCUGUGUCACCCAAGGUACAGUUUGAUGUGGUGGUAUCAGCCUUUUCCCUGAGUGAGCUAUCCAGCAGAGCUGACCGCAUUGAAGUAGUUCAAACUUUGUGGCGCAAGACAAGUCAUUUUCUGAUACUGAUAGAGAAUGGAACAAAAGCUGGGCACCGCCUUCUCAUGGAUGCCAGGGACCUGAUCCUUAAGGAGAAAGAGAAGUCACCUCUGGACCCUCGACCAGGCUUUGUCUUUGCCCCAUGUCCCCAUGAACUUCCUUGUCCCCAGUUGACAGCCUCUAGGCCCCUUGCCUGCAGCUUCUCCCAGGCUUACCAUCCUAUCCCCUUCAGCUGGAACAAGAAGCCAAAGGAAGAAAAGUUCUCAAUGGUGAUUCUUGCCCGGGGCUUUCCAGAGGAAGCUCAUCACUGGCCCCGUAUCACUCAACCUGUCCUUAAACGGCCACGUCAUGUGCAUUGUCACCUGUGCUGUCCAGAUGGGCACAUGCAGCAUGCUGUGAUCACCGCCCGCCGGCAUGGCAGGGAUUUGUAUCGCUGUGCCCGGGUCAGCUCCUGGGGAGAUCUUUUACCUGUGAUCACUCCAUCUGAACUUCCUCCAUCACCUGCUCAAGAUCCCCCUGAGGGCUGA